AUGCCAACGGAAAGAUUGGCAAACGCCCAGCCGGGCCCCUCAGCAGCAGCACCGCCGCAGCCACAGGAGUGGCAACAACAUUGGCAGCCCCCCCGUCCGUACGGGCACCCGCCGUAUUGGCAGCCCGGGCCAUUCCCGCCGCCGUUGCCCCCCGCGACCCGGGAGCAGUGGGUCAUGGAGCAGCGGGCCUGGGAGCAGUGGGUCAUGGAGCAGUGGACCAUGGAGCAGUGGGCCCGUGAACACCGGGCCCUGGAGCAGCAGCGGGAGCACCUCGUCUACGAGGGCCAGUCCCUGCGCCAACACCUGAAGCAGCUCACCCAGCAGCUCACCCACCAGCAGCAGCAGCAGCAGCAACAGCAACAGGAGAGUGGCAGUGGCAGUGGCAGUGGCGGUGGCCAGCCGCCGGCCGAGCACAACCUCGAGAAGCAGCGGCGCGAGGUCAAGCUGCGGGUGCAGCGCAACGCGCGGGCGCACAGGCAGCUGUAUAUGCGCCUGGCGUUGCUGGAGGAGCAGCGGCCGUACUUCCCCCCCGGCCAGCCGUCGCCGCCGCCCCAGCCCUGGCGGCCCCAACCUGCCUGGCAACCGGCCCAGCCCCGGCAGCCGUUCCAGCCCUGGCAGCUUCAACCGGCCUGGCAGCAGCCCCAGCCCCAACCCUGGCCGCCCCAGCAGCCCUGGCAGCUCCAGACCCAGCAGCCCGCGGGGCCUCCCUAUCAGCCGCUGUCGCCGCUCCCGCCGCUGCUGCCACCGCCCGUCCAACCGCCCGUCCGAUUGGCCCGCCCUCCCGUCUACGACCCUCGGCCGCGCGGCCGCGACGGCGUCGCCCUGCCGGAGCAGGAGUACAGCAGGCGGUUCUGGGCCGGCGUGUGCUACUACUGCAGCGGGAGCGGCCACAUGGUGAGGGACUGCCCGGCCGAGCGCGCCAAGCAGCAGCGGCAGCGGCGGCAGCGGCUCAUGCGGGAGGAGGCCGGGCUCGAAAACGGGAAGGCAGAGGAGGAGAAAGAGGAGGAGGAGGAGGAGGAGGGGGAGGAGGGAGAGGAGGGAGAGGAGGAGCAGGAGGUGCCGCCCGUGUCGGCGCCGGAAACUGAGGAGGUGGAGGAGGAGGAGGAGCAGGAGGCGCCGCCCGUGUCGGCGCCGGCGGAUGAGGCUCCCACGGCCAUCUCCUGA